GAAAGAACGAAAACCAUGCAGGUCUCCAGCCUCAACGAGGUGAAGAUCUACAGUCUCAGCGCCGGCCGGAGCCUGCCUGAGUGGCUUUCUGAUAGAAAAAAGAGAGCACUACAAAAGAAAGAUGUUGGUAUUCAUAGGAGAAUUGAACUUAUCCAAGAUUUUGACAUGCCUGCUGUUAGCACCAAGAUCAAGGUGUCACGAGACGGGCAGUAUGUGAUGGCAGCCGGGACAUAUAAACCAAGGAUCCGAUGUUUUGAUACCUAUCAGUUAUCCAUGAAAUUUGAAAGAUGCUUAGACGCUGAAGUGGUUUCAUUUGAUAUUUUAUCGGAUGAUUACUCGAAGAUAGUUUUCUUGCAGUGUGAUAGAUAUGUUGAAUUUCAUUCACAACAUGGCCGUUACUACAGGACAAGGAUACCAAAGUUUGGUAGAGAUUUCUCGUACCAUUAUCCAUCAUGUGAACUGUACUUUGUAGGAGCAAGCUCUGAAAUAUACAGGCUCAAUUUGGAGCAAGGAAGGUUUCUGAAUUCCCUACAGACAGAUGCUUCGGAGAAUCAUGUAUGUGACAUAAACUCUGCACAUGGCUUAUUUGCUGCUGGGACAGUUGAGGGGAAAGUGGAAUGCUGGGACCCUAGAACAAGAAAUCGAGUUGGGGUGUUGGACUGUGCUCUAAGCAGUGUGACGGCUGAUAAGGAGAUAGAUGGGCUGCCAUCUGUUUCAGCCCUGAAGUUUGAUGGAACUUUGCAUGUGGCUGUUGGAACAUCCACAGGGCAGGUCUUGUUGUAUGAUCUCCGAUCAAGUAACCCAUUAUUAGUUAAGGAUCACCAAUAUGGCCUCCCUAUUAAAACAAUCCAGUUCCACAAUUCGUUAGAUUUAAUUAUUUCUGCUGAUUCACGAAUCAUAAAACUGUGGAAUAAGGACACGGGGAAAAUAUUUACUUCCAUGGAGCCUGAACACGAUAUUAAUGACGUUUGCCUAUAUCCGAAUUCAGGAAUGGUGUUCACAGCCAAUGAAGCCCCCAAAAUGAACAUCUACUAUAUUCCGGUUUUAGGCCCUGCUCCAAAAUGGUGCUCAUUUCUUGAUAAUUUGACGGAAGAGCUGGAGGAGAACCCAGAGACAACUGUGUAUGAUGACUAUAAGUUCGUAACAAGAAAAGACCUUGAAAACUUAGGGAUUGCUCAUCUUAUUGGAUCACGACUUCUACGAGCAUAUAUGCAUGGCUUUUUCAUGGACAUACGACUGUAUCACAAGGUUAAAAUGAUGGUGAAUCCUUUUGCCUAUGAGGAAUACCGAAGAGAGAAAAUUAGGCAGAAGAUAGAAGAAACACGUGCACAAAGAGUGCAACUAAAGAAACUUCCCAAGGUUAAUAAAGAGCUUGCACUGAAGUUGAUUGAAGAAGGAGAAGAAGAACCACUAAAUGCAAGGAAAAAGAAACAAAAGAAAAUGCCGAGCAUUCUUAGCGAUGAUCGCUUCAAAGUCAUGUUUGAGAACCCAGAUUUCCAGGUGGAUGAGAAGAGUGAAGAGUUCAGGCUGCUUAAUCCACUCGUCUCUAAGAUAAGUGAGAAAAGAAAGAAGAAAUUAAAGAUGUUAGAGCUUCAAGAAACACUGGGAGAGGAAGAGGAGGAAGAACCAGAAGGAAAACCAAGUGAUGCUGAAAGUUCUGAGACUUCAGAUGAUGAAAAAGGCUGGGUUGAAGAGGUCAGGAAACAGCGCAGACUUCUUCGCCAAGAGGAAAAAGUAAAACGGCAGGAAAGGUUCAAGGAGGAUCAGCAAACAGUCCUGGAACCGAAGUUUUUUGAGAUUAAAGCCGGGGAAGAAUUUAGAAGCUUCAAGGACACCGCCAAAAGGCAAAAGUUAAUGAAGAAAACACUUGGAGAUCGCUUGCAGCUUGAAGAGAGAGUUGGUGCACUCAGUGUAAAUGAUACCACUGUAGGAAGUAAACAAGUUAGCUUUAAAUUGAAAAAGUCACAGCAACAGAAAAAACAGCAGGAAGCAGAAAAACAGCAUCAUCAAGAGAGGAAAAAACUCAGGCGUUCCGCUGGCCAUCUCAGAAGUAAAAGGGGAAGAGGACGACCCUACCAUUGAUUGAACAAUUUUUUACUUGGGGGACUUUGAGAUGUACUCUCCUUUGUAUAAAUCAUGGACACAGGUCAAGAGCUCUUCAAGUCCUGUUUGACAGAGCAGAACUGUCCAUAGCAUAAUUGUGUUGUGGAAAAAUACCCAUGGAAAAUCUCAUGUUUGAACCAGAGAUAUUUAUGUUUCUAAAGGAGAGGUGGCUGGUUAUUGUGUAACCUUGUGUACGUUAUAAUCGAACCUUGCUACGAGAAAUGGAUGCUAGCUUUUUAAAUUAAGUUUUUACAAUGAUGCACUGUUUCAAAAGACACCAGUUAUCAAGUACUGGAACACUUUGAUCUGCCACAUCCCAAAAUAAAACUAUUAAAACAGUUUUGUCCUGCAAUAUAGUCAUGGGCAUGUAGCGUUAGGGAACCAAAUGAUUUGAGUAUUGCCAACAAACACUUGCCUGAAGAAUAUCACGUAGAGCCAGAACUGACAUCUAAGUGAUCCUAUUAAUUCAAACUCUCAUCUUCCACUACAGUUAAUAAGUUUGUUUGUAUCCUUAAACCUGGAAGGAUAUGAACAAACAAAUGUAAGUGAUGUAAACUGCCCAGAGAGCUUCAGCUAUGGGGAGGUAUAUAAAUUUAAUAAAUAAAUAAAUAAAAUG